AUUUGGGGAGGGGUUUUGUGGGAUUUUGGGAAUUUGGGUUUUUUGGGAAUUUGGGGUUUUUUUGUGGGAUUUUUUUUGGAAUUUGAGGGGAUUUUUUUGUGGGAUUUUUGGGAAUUUGGGCGGGGCGGGGAUUUUGGGUCAGGGGGAUUCUGGCAGGUUUUUGUGUUGGGAAUUGCAAUUCCUUCAAAUUUUGGGAAUUCUAGCUCCGUCCCGUGGGAAUUCUGUCUUCUCCAAGCCUUGGGAAUUUCAGCCCCAAUGUCCCCAGUGUCCCCAGUGUCCCCAGUGUCCCCAGUGUCCCCAGUGUCCCCAUGUCCCCCGCAAUCCUGCCCCCCGCACAGAACGGCUCCCAAAGGCUCUGGGAAGGAGAUCGGAUCCAUGAAAUGGGCCUUGAAAAAUCCCAAAAAGCAGAAAAUUGGGAAAAUCCGGAAAAAAUCCCAAUAAAAUCCUGAAAAAAAUCCUGGAAAAAAAAAUCCUGAAAAAAUCCCCCCAAAUCCUGAAAAAAUCUCAAUAAAAUGCUGAAAAUGUCGCCCAAAAAUCCUGAAAAAAUCCCAAUAAAAUCCUUUAAAAGUCUCCCAAAAAUCCGGGAAAAAAAAAAUCGCAAAAAUCCCAAUAAAAUACUGAAAAAAUCCCAAUAAAAUCCUGAAAAAUCCCCAAAAAUUCCUGAAAAAAAUUCAGAUAAAAUCCUGAAAACAAUCCCAAAUAAAAUCCUGAAAAAAUCCUCAAAAAUUCCUGAAAAAAUUCCAAUAAAAUUGGAAUUUUUUUGGAAAAAAUCCCAAUAAAAUCCUGGAAAAAUCCCCAAAAAUUCCUGAAAAAAUUCCGAUAAAAUCCUGAAAAAAAUCCCCAAAACUCCCACUAAAAUACUGAAAAAAUUCCCCAAAAUCCUGAAAAAAUUCCCAAAUAAAAUCCUGAAAAAAUCCUGAAAAAUUCCUGAAAACAUUCCAAUAAAAUCCUGAAAAAAAAAUCCCAAAUAAAAUCCUGGAAAAAUCCCCAAAAAUUCCUGAAAAAAUUCCGAUAAAAUCCUGAAAAAAAAUCCCCAAAAAUCCCAAUAAAAUCCUGAAAAAAUUCCAAUAAAAUCCUGAAAAAAAUCCCAAAUAAAAUCCUGGAAAAAUCCCCAAAAAUUCCUGAAAAAAAUUCCGAUAAAAUCCUGAAAAAAAUCCCCAAAAAUCCCAAUAAAAUCCUGAAAAAAUUCCCCAAAAUUCUGAAAAAAAUCCCAAAUAAAAUAUUGAAAAAAUCCUCAAAAAUUCCUGAAAAAAUUCCAAUAAAAUCCUGAAAAAAAAAUCCCAAAUAAAAUCCUGGAAAAAUCCCCAAAAAUUCCUGAAAAAAAUUCCGAUAAAAUCCUGAAAAAAAAUCCCCAAAAUCCCAAUAAAAUCCUAAAAAAAUUCCCCAAAAUCCUGAAAAAAAAAUCCCAAAUAAAAUCCUGAAAAAAUCCUCAAAAAUUCCUGAAAAAAUUCCGAUAAAAUCCUGAAAAAAAAUCCCCAAAAUUCCAAUAAAAUCCUAAAAAAAUUGAGCUCCUGGAAUGGGGUCCCGGGGAGAAUUUUGGGGCAUCCUGGAGGAUCCCGGGGAUGGAUCAGGGAUCCCGGAGGGUCCCGGGGGUCUCCCGGUGGUCCCAGUUUGGGGCUCCGGGGGGUCCCGGGAGUGGAUGAGGGUCCCAAUUCGGGGGUCCCGGGGAUGGAUGAGGGUCCCAAUUCGGGGGUCCCGGGGAUGGAUGAGGGUCCCAAUUCGGGGGUCCCGGGGCUGGAUUGGGAACCCCUCGGGGGUCCCGGGGGCUCCCGGUGGUCCCGGGCCGGUACCUGGGCGAGCUUGAGGCGGCGGCCGGGGGCGGCGCGGAUGACGAGGGCGAUGAGCGCCAGGUCGCCGGGGCUGUCCCCGAGUGCCACCAUGGGGGACGCGGCGGGGGUGGCCUUGUCACACGCGGUGCUCUGUGUCACCAGCCUGGGCUGCGCCCUGCGGGCCACGCAGGUGACACCGGGCCCGGCUGCCGGGUUCCUGCUGCAGGCGCUGGUGGCGGCGGCGGACGCGCUGUCCCCUCACUGUCCCCUCAGUGUCCCCGUGCUGUCCCCUGGGUGUCCCCACGAUGUCCCCAACGUCCCCUCGCUGUCCCCUGGGUGUCCCCACGACAUCCCCUCGCUGUCCCCCCCGCGCUCGUGGCUCUGCUCGGUGCUGUCCCAGCCCUUGGUGGCCUUCGGGUGCCACCGCCUGAGCGGUGACAGUGCCACCGCCGCUGUCCCGCUGGCGGCGGGCACGGCGGUGGCCGCGCUGGCCGCGGGCUGGCCGCGCUUCGUCACCGCGGGCCACUUUGUCGCCGCGGGUCACUUUGUCACCGCGCUGACGGCCGGCUCGCUGCUGGCGCUGGCCGCGCUCACCGCCAGCGUCACCGGGGCGGUGGCGGCGGCGCUGGUGGCACUUGGGGACACGGGGGUGGUGGCACCCUGGGCUGUGCCCUGGGUGAGGGCGGCGGCCAGCGUGGCGCUGCUGGGGACACUGCGGGAGCAGCGGGUGGCACUGGGGGACACCGGGGUGGUGGCACUGGGGGACACUGGGUGACACUGCAUGGUGGCACUGUCAGACAUCAUUAAAGGCACGGUGGCAACGA